UCCAUUUACAAUCAUUCACUUCACACUUUUUGUCCAGUCAGUCUUUAUUAUCUCUCUUCAAUACGUGUUUCUACUCCACUUUAUAAAGAAAUGCAGCUUAUUUACGGUGUAUAUUUAGUUUCUCUCGUGGCAUUGUCUAAUGCCUUGUACAGUCCAAGCUCAGAUGUUGUAGAACUUACGGCCAAUAACUUCAAUGAUAGAGUAUUAAAUGAUGAUGYUGUUUGGAUGGUAGAAUUCUAUGCACCUUGGUGUGGGCAUUGUAAGGCUUUGGCUCCAGAAUGGUCCAAAGCUGCUACAGCACUUAAGGGUGUAGUGAAGGUUGGUGCAGUAGACAUGGACGUCCAUCAAUCAGUCGGCGGUCCUUAUGGUAUCAGAGGAUUCCCUACUAUUAAGAUAUUUGGAGCUAAUAAAAAUUCACCUAAAGACUAUAAUGGUCCUCGCACAGCCCAAGGUAUUGCAGAUGCAGCCAUGAGUGCUGCCAAAGAAGCUGUAUCACAAAGAUUAUCAGGGGGUGGACGCAGUUCUGGUGGAAGUAAACAGGGUGGUGGUAGUGGGAAAAAGGCUGUAAUUGAACUGACAGACUCCAACUUUGAAAAAGAAGUUCUGAACAGUAAAGAUCUGUGGCUGGUAGAAUUCUUCGCACCAUGGUGUGGCCACUGCCAACGGUUGGCACCAGAAUGGGCAAAGGCAGCUUCRGAACUUGAAGGCAAGGUGAAGGUUGGUGCUGUUGAUGCCACUGUACACACAGUUAUUGCCAGCCGAUAUCAAGUCCAAGGCUACCCAACCAUCAAGGUCUUUGCCGCUGGAGUCAAAGAUUCCCAUAGUGUUGAGGAUUACCAGGGUGGAAGAACAGCAUCUGACAUUGUUCAGUUUGCUCUUGAUAAAAUGGCAGCAUCUAUCGAGCCUCCAGYGAUUGAACAAGCAAUAGAUACUAARACCCUAACURGCAACUGUAAUGAAAAACCAUUGUGUGUCAUUUCAUUCUUACCUCAUAUUCUUGAUUCUGGAGCUGAGGGACGAAACAAGUAUCUCUCUGUGCUCAAAGAAUUGGGUGAAAAAUACAAGAAAAAUUUAUGGGGAUGGCUUUGGUCUGAAGCAGGUGCUCAGCAAAAACUUGAAGAAGCUUUAGAAAUUGGAGGAUUUGGUUACCCUGCUCUUGUAGCUGUCAAUGCGCGCAAGAAGAAGUUUGCAACACUGCGUGGAUCUUUUGAUCGUACUGGUAUCGAUGAAUUCUUGAGGACUGUAGCUGUUGGGCGAGGAUCUACAGCUGCCUUAAAAGGUGAUUCUUUACCAGACCUUUCCACUAUAGAGGCAUGGGACGGUAAAGAUGGGCAGUUACCACAAGAAGAGGAUAUUGACUUGUCUGACAUUGAUUUAGAUGACGAAGACAAAAAGAAGGAAGAAUUAUGAAGAAUAAAGUAGUUGUUACUAGUACUUUUGAYAUGAUAGAUAGGAAUACUAAGCACUGCUCUAUAUGUGGGCUUCAACUUGUACACUUGUAUGACAUAUAAUAUGUACCAGAUUAUUAGAUUCAUCUGGUAUGGACACAAUUUUGUUACUGCUUUUUCCUAAUAUCUCAACAUAAAAAGGCAUCUUUCAUUAUAAUAAUAUUAAAAGUGGGUUAGUUAUACUAGUAUAGUGUAGAGUAAUUCUGCUUGUGGUUUUGCAUUUGCUUAGCUAAGGUACAUUGUGUAUUACUAAGUACAGAAAUCUGUUUUAUUCAAAAUAAAAAAAAUACACUUUUGUGAUAGUGAA